AUGAAUGACGAAGGUGAAAAGAAGCAGCAGCUAGAAGAGUACAUUAACACUGGACGCUCUAGUCUAAAAAGCGAUCAGUUUCAACUGGCAAUUGAACAGUUUCAAGAAGCUUUUAAAUUGGCUGAGGAACUAAAAGACGAAAAACAAGUAACCAAUGUAAAUAUUAGUUGAGGAAAUGCUUAUAGAUUAAGCAUGCAAUCACAUUAAAAAGGCAGCUCAGCACUAUGAAAAAGCCUUGAAAAUAGCAAGAGAACGAGGAUAUAAACGAGAAGAAAUAGUAGCACGCUUUGGGUUAGGAAAGGUUCAUAGAGGAAACAAUCAGAUUCCAAAAGCAGUUCAGCACUAUGAAAAAGCCUUGGGAAUUGCAAUAGAACAAGGAUAUAAACGAGAGGAAACAAAGGCAUACCGAGGAUUAUGAGAUGCUUAUAGAUCAAGCGAUCAGAUUCAAAAGGCAGUUCAGCACUAUGAAAAAGCCUUGGACAUUGCAAUAGAACGAGAAUAUAAACAAGAAGAAACAAAAGCAUACCUUGAGUUAGGAGAUGCUUAUAUAUUAAACAAUCAGAUUCAAAAGGUAGUUCAGCACUAUGAAAAAGCCUUGAAAAUUGCAAUAGAACAAGAAUAUAAACGAGAGGAAACAAACGCAUACCGAGGGUUAGGAGAUGCUUAUAAAUUAAGCAAUCAGAUUCAAAAGGCAGUUCACCACUAUGAAAAAGCCUUGGAAAUUGCAACAGAACAAGGAUAUAAACGAGAGGAAACAAACGCGUGCCUUGGGUUAGGAGAUGCUUAUAGAUUAAGCAAUCAGAUUCAAAAGGCAGUUCAGCGCUAUGAAAAAGCCUUGGAAAUUGCAACAGAACAAGGAUAUAAACGAGAGGAAACAAAGGCAUACCUUGGAUUAGGAGAUGCUUAUAGAUUAAGCAAUCAGAUUCCAACAGCAAUUCAGCACUCUGAAAAAGCCUUGAAAAUUGCAAUAGAACGAGGAUACAAAUGA